GUUGAACUUUGUUUUUUUUUCUCUUCUUAACCUCAAAAAAAGAAAACGCAAAAUCAGAGAGCGAAAAUUAGAAUUGUCAUCGACCCAAUAUUAGUCUUUUCGUAUUUCACGAACCACUGCGAAAAUUUGAAGCCGCGCAAUUUUAGUAUAUAGCGAGAGUACGGUAGAAAAUGUUAGAGAUAACAUGUAACGACCGUCUCGGUAAGAAGGUUAGAGUCAAAUGCAACCCGGACGACACCAUAGGAGAUCUGAAAAAAUUGAUAGCCGCCCAGACGGGGACGCACUGGGAGAAGAUUGUAUUGAAAAAGUGGUACACCAUUUUCAAAGAUCACAUAAAGCUGCAAGAUUAUGAAAUACACGAUGGCAUGAAUUUAGAACUCUACUAUCAAUAAUUCUAAUAAAUAUACAGAAUAUAGUUCAAAAGUGUGGCAAAACAAAUUGUAGAUUACAUAAAAAAUUGUAAGACUCAGACAGAGAUUUAUUCUGCCUAAUAUAAAUUCUUUGUAUCUUAUUACAUGUAGUUUGUUCUUGCAGGUUUGCUACGCAUUUUGAUCGUAUCCUGUGUAUCCUUUAUACUAUACACAUAUCUAUGUAUAUUUGUAUAUAAGCAUUUACUCUCACAAAAUAAUUAAUUAUAACAAGUUUUAAUUCAAAUAUCACUGCAAAAUGCAAACACUUCUAAUAAGUAUUGUUAAAACAAUGAUGAAAAUUCCUAAUAACAUUAAUCUCGAGAGAUUUCUUCUUAUGAUCUACAUUUACAUAAUUAAGAGAUUACAUAUACAAAAAAAGAAAAAGAUCUGUAUCAAAAAGAAGCACAACAUGAUUGGAUCAGCAGAUCUCUGUGAAACUCAUUAAAAUUUCAAAAGUUAAUGUGGCCUCUUGAACAAUUCCUCUAUCCUGUUUAUUGGACUUUCAGGCUCCGACAUUUCCCUACCACGGUUGCUUAAGAAGUCUCUUAUGUGCUGCACUAUCAGAUCUAUCGCCACUGCAACAAAUCAUGAAACGUCAGUGUGUGAAUAGUGAUGCGCGCAUGAUGUAUAUUGGGGAUAAUAAACUUCUCUUUAUUGACAAUAUAUAUUGUAGGACAUCUUGGAACAAUAUAACAUAA